AUGCAAUCUCAUCUUUUGGAUAGGCAGCUGGGUAAGAUAUCCACAAGGAGCUUUGAACUGCUUGCCACCGAAUCGUUAUACUAUAAUCUAGAGUCUCAAGACUAUCCAAAGUUUACUCAAAAGAAGAAAACAAUAGGAUCGAUCAAUGCAUUGGAUUUCGACAAGAUUGAUCACAAGUUUCUUUUAUCAGGUGGAGCUGAUAGCACAAUAAAGAUAUGGAAAGUUGGUUCUCAAAAAGCUGAAUUGGUUGGUGAUUUGAACAAGAGUAAUGGAGGCCAUGAAUUUGGUGUGACUGAUGUUAAAUGGUGGCCUUUUGACACUGGAAUGUUUUUAUCAAGUUCUUAUGAUAUGAAUCUAAAAGUUUGGGAUACAAAUACUAUGGAGGAAGCCUUUAACUUCAAUCUUGAUUCUAAAGUUAAUUGUUUUGAUGUUUCAAGUACUGGUGCUCAUUCAUUAAUUGCCACUGGUGCUGAUAGUUCGCAUGUGAGACUUUUGGAUUUGAAAACUACAUCAGCUAUUCAUAGUUUAACAGGUCAUAACGGGUGUAUUGUUAGUACGAAAUGGAGCCCAAAUAAUGCUAAUGUGCUGGCCACAGGAAGCUCAGAAGGUGAAGUUAGAAUAUGGGAUAUUAGGAGAACUGACUCAUGUUUGGUGCAAUUGGACCUUUAUAGAACGGACGAAAAAGCGCCAUUGAGUAGUAAUGAUAGCAGGAAAGUUGGUGUUUUGAAAUCGUCUGUAAAAGCUCAUGCUAGAGGUGCUAAUGGGCUAUGUUGGCUUGAGAGUGGCAAGACAUUGAUUACCACAGGAAACGAUGAAAAGAUUAGAGUUUGGAACCUCGAGGCGACUGGCGGUGUUAAUACUCUCUUGAAUUUUGGUCCAUUUGUGAGAAAUAGGUACUCAAGCUAUAAAUCUAUUCUUUUAAGUCCAAUGGAAGAAACCGAGUUACAAUAUUUAUGGUAUCCUUCAGAUAAUGGUGAAAUCUUAGUUUUCAGAAUUGUUGAUGGAAAGUUAGUCGCCAGACUAAGGAAAAACCUACAAGAGAAUAGUCGAAGUUGUUGUAUUGCUUAUGCUGGUAAUAACAGUGCAACUUAUUAUUCAGGAACUGUUGAUGGGAAAAUAAAUGUUUGGGGUCCUAAAGAUGAAAGAAGUUUCGAGGAAGAU